ACUGGGUCAUACACGACCCUGAGCAACCGCGUGUCCGAGGCCCAGGUGCCCUCUCGGGCCAUAUGGUUCUUGCCCCUAUCGGCUUAGCUAUUGCAGUCCGCCACUGUCCUCCAAGCCUUCCCACCACCCCCAUCCAGCCAGAACCCGAGUUGGGGGAGGGAACGGUCUGAGAGUCGGCAGCUGGCGCCAGGGCGGCCGGACGAUGCCGAGGGGCCCGAGCCGGGCGGGCCCGAGGCCGAGGCGCGCGCUACUCCCGUCUCCUACCCAUUGAGUCCCGCCACCCUCCGGACUCGCCGUCCCUGGGCCCUUGGUCCCCCGGGCUUCUGCCAGUGAUUCUCAUUCUCAACUGCCGCGUCCCUCCCCUCCCUGCCGCGGUGCGUGUGUCCGCUGCGGUCUCGGCCCAGAUCCCCGGCCGCGGCCGUUGGCCAUGGAGGUGGCGCCGGAGCAGCCGCGUUGGAUGGCGCACCCCGCGGUGCUGAACGCGCAGCACCCCGACUCGCACCACCCCGGCCUGGCGCACAACUACAUGGAGCCCGCGCAGCUGCUGCCUCCCGACGAGGUGGACGUCUUCUUCAACCACCUGGACUCGCAGGGCAACCCCUACUAUGCCAACCCAGCCCACGCGCGGGCGCGCGUCUCCUACAGUCCGGCGCAUGCCCGCCUGACUGGAGGACAGAUGUGCCGCCCACACUUGUUGCACAGCCCUGGUUUGCCCUGGCUGGACGGGGGCAAAGCAGCCCUCUCUGCGGCUGCUGCACACCACCACAACCCCUGGACCGUGAGCCCUUUCUCCAAGACGCCUCUGCACCCCUCCGCUGCUGGAGGCCCUGGAGGCCCACUCUCUGUAUACCCAGGGGCCGGGGGUGGGAGUGGGGGAGGCAGCGGGAGCUCAGUGGCCUCCCUUACCCCCACUGCAGCCCAUUCUGGCUCCCACCUCUUCGGCUUCCCACCCACACCACCCAAAGAAGUGUCUCCAGACCCCAGCACCACAGGGGCUGCCUCCCCAGCCUCCUCUUCUGCAGGGGGUAGUGCAGCACGAGGGGAGGACAAGGAUGGUGUCAAGUACCAGGUGUCACUGACAGAGAGCAUGAAGAUGGAAAGUGGCAGUCCCCUGCGCCCAGGCCUAGCUGCCAUGGGCACCCAGCCUGCCACACACCACCCAAUUCCCACCUACCCCUCCUAUGUGCCGACUGCUGCCCACGACUACGGCAGUGGACUCUUUCACCCCGGAGGCUUCCUGGGUGGCCCGGCCUCCAGCUUCACCCCUAAGCAGCGCAGCAAGGCACGUUCCUGCUCAGAAGGCCGAGAGUGUGUCAACUGUGGGGCCACAGCCACCCCUCUCUGGCGGCGGGACGGCACCGGCCACUACCUGUGUAACGCCUGUGGCCUCUACCACAAGAUGAACGGGCAGAACCGGCCGCUCAUUAAGCCCAAGCGGAGACUGUCCGCCGCCAGAAGAGCCGGCACCUGUUGUGCGAAUUGUCAGACGACAACCACCACCUUAUGGCGCCGAAACGCCAAUGGGGACCCGGUCUGCAACGCCUGUGGCCUCUACUACAAGCUGCACAAUGUUAACAGGCCUCUGACCAUGAAGAAGGAGGGGAUCCAGACCCGGAACCGGAAGAUGUCCAAUAAGUCCAAGAAGAGCAAGAAGGGGGCAGAGUGCUUCGAGGAGCUGUCCAAGUGCAUGCAGGAGAAGUCGGCCCCCUUCAGCGCUGCCGCCCUGGCCGGACACAUGGCACCUGUGGGCCACCUCCCACCCUUCAGCCACUCAGGACACAUCUUGCCCACCCCAACACCCAUCCACCCUUCUUCCAGCCUCUCCUUUGGCCACCCUCACCCAUCCAGCAUGGUGACCGCCAUGGGCUAGGGACGGCCUCCCUCUGAGCAGUCAGACGGAUAUUGAAGAGGGCAGCUGGUGGAGCCAGGCCUGACACUCCCAACAUGGGUGGACCAAACCCUUAGCUGCACACCCUUCCCAAAGACUGACAUCACUCCUGUCAGGCCUGCCAGAGCCCAGCGCCUCCUCUCCUGGGAGGCCGCCUCAUCAGCCUGCCGACAGUUACUGUGAAUAUCCCUAACUGGGCCGAGAGGCUGCCUCCUCACCUACUGCUGGCCAGGUGGGGCUCCUUCAUGGACAAUUGUUUGGAAAGCAAGAAGGACAACUUUAUGAAGAGAAAAGGAGGGGACAGAGAACAGACGGAGGCAACCGUUGUUUGAAGGCAAAAGGAAUAGGCAAAAAAAUAAUUUAUUUUGCUCUUCUUUCUAAUAAGGACUUGGAGACUUGGAGGUCUGAGCUGUCCUGAGUUCUCCUGGUUCUUCCUUGGGUCUGAUUGCCACUUGGCCAUUCUGCUGGCCAGGGCUCUGGGGGGCAGAACUGGGGGGACCUCAGCCCACACCCCUUUUCCUCUGGCCUUCCUCUCUGAAACAGCUGAACUGCAGGCUCUGCUGAGCCAAGGCCAGAGGGGCCGAGGCCCAGGGAGGGUGAGCGGGUGCCUGCCCUGAUGGGCUGGGCCCUAGAGGGCAGAGACAAUCACGGGCAGUCCUGCGCAGAUUCCCAGGCCAGGGCUGGGUCACAGGAAGGAAACAACAUUUUCUUGAAAGGGGAAACGUCUCCCAGAUUGCUCCCUUGGCUUUGUGGCCAAAGCUCGUAUGACUGUGUCCCCUUAACUGGCCCAAGCCACAGCCUGCCUUCUUUGCCAGGUGGACCCCUGUAAAUACAUCCUUUUUCUGCUUACCCCACACCCACUCCCCUCCCACUCUGAGAUAAAAGAAAAAAUACUAAAAACAAAACAACUGCAUAAGUUUAACUCACCGAUGAGUUAGUUGUUUUAUUUUUAAGCUCUUUUUGGGUCCAGUCAAUUGUACGUUGCCACGGAAGCCCUGCUACGGAAAGGAAUAAAACCUACAAACCGAGGUUGAAACUUUGCAAUUAUUUCUGGAAAAGUUCUUGGAUAUCACAGCCCUAAAAAACGAAAGCUGGGGGCCGGGGAGGGGCCUCUUCUGCUCUGGGUUUCCGGGGGCUGGUUGGGUUUGCCGGCCUGGUCGGAGCUGGGGCGGUCAGGACAGGGCUGAAGGAGAGGCCCAGUGCCUGCUGGAGUCCCUGGUUCUGCUUUGCUGUGGCUGUCUGGAUCCUUCCCAAGGUACAGCUGUACAUAAUGAAUCCCGAGCUUAGAUUCUGUACGCGGUGAUGUCGGGGUGCGGUGGCCGGCAGGGGCAGGGGGCCCUGGCCCGGGAAGAACAUUGUGCUGAUGUAGUCGACCAAGUGCAAUAUGGGCAGGCGAUCGCUGCGGGGAGCACCACAGGCAGAAGUAACUUAUUUUGUACUAGUAUCCGCAUAAAAAGAGAAUUGGCAGUAUUUUCUGUUUUUAUGUUUUAUUUGGCUUGUUUUAUUUUGGAUUAGUGAACUAAGUUAUUGUUAAUUAUGUACAACAUUUAUAUAUUGUCUGUAAAAAUUGUAUGCUAUCCUCCUAUUCCUUUAAAGUGAAUACUGUUAAGAAUAAUAAAAUACUUUUUGUGAAUGCC